AAAAUACAAAAGGGGUACAAUUACAAAGGAGCGGGAAACGGCCAUCGAAACUUUUUGAAACUCUCACACGCGCAGACACACUCUCUCUCUCUCUCUCUCUGCUCGCUCUAUCCAUCUUCCUGCCGAAACCAAGCUCACGAAUUGCAGUCUCAGAGGAAAUCUUUGACUUUCCGUCUGUCACACUGUUUUCCAAUUUCGACUCAAAAAAUUUAUCGCUUUCCGAAACCCCCAACUUGGAAAACCCUAGUAUCCACGAAAUGUGAAUCCAGUACCUCCACAAUGCGCCAAUGCCCAGUUCUUCUCACAGGAGAUGACUAGCGCCAAAGACGAGCCGGGUGGAAGCAACGGCGGCGGCGGUGGAGGCGGAUUUCAUAGGGUGCAAGCAGAGCGUGACCUGGAAUCCAAUUGGGAACUCGAUCUCGCACAAAAACUCGAAGAGUAUUUGCUCAAGAUUUGCUCCGGUGAAAUACCCACUGAAGCAGAAGGCCAUGUCGCUAUUAAUUUCGCAGAAGCUGCGCUGCUUCUUCAAGGUUCGGUCCAAGUGUAUAGCCGGAAGGUGGAGUAUCUGUACUCGUUGGUUUUGCGUGCUUUGGAGUUCCUUUCCCAAAAGGGGCAGUAUGAACAAUCCGAAGGAACAUCUGUUCGGCCUGAAGAAGGUGGGAGUUCCCAUGCUGUUUCCGAUGAAGAAAAUGAUAUUUUUUGGAGCUUAGAUGACAUUGCAGUGGAAGCAAAGAAUUGCUUAGAUAGUCCAUCGGGAAGAGAUGCUCCUCUGAAUCCCUUUGUGAAGCCCCCAGCAAACCUAGUUGUGCUUGAAGGUGAUUGCCUAGAUACUACUGGUGAUUUCGGAGAAUUAGAGGGAUAUCUGCUGGCCACCAACGAUCUAUAUCAGGAUUUCAUUUUAUUAGAUCCAUGUGAUGCUGUAGCAGUAAAUGAUUAUUUGAGUGUGGAUGGAGUUGUUAAAGGACAAAAUAGUGCUUAUAGGGUCACCUCAGCACGAAAAAGUCAUCAGACUCCCAGACGAUCAGGUGGAACUGCACAUAGGUCAUCUCUUCAUAAGGGGCGGGAUCCUAAUAUUAAUCAAUCUCCUAUCAUCGGUUGCAGUUUUGAGGCAAAUAAUUGUAAUAUUGAACCUGAUCCUCCUGCCUGCAAUGAUUUUGAUGAUGGUACUCAGGGAUUUGAUAUGGAUGAUAGAUAUUCAGAGCCCAGGGACUUGGAUGAUUCAGAUGAUGAUGGUGAUGAUCCAUGGAAGCCACUGAAUCCCCAUGAACCCGGGAACUUGAAAGUGAAACCAUUUAGGAAAGUCAAAGUUUCUAAAAGGAAAGGAUUCAAUUCUACUAAGCAUGUCUCUAUUAUUACACUGUUUCCACCUGCAAAAUUGCAUGGUACUAUUAGUCCAGAGCUCAUAGAAAUGUGGCAGAUUCGACAUCAUGCCGAGGAGAGACAAAAGGGGUCCCAAUCUCCUCCAUUAUUUGAAAAGCUACGGGAAUCCCUUGUUAAUGGAAGAGAAGAAUCCUUUGAUGCCUUUUGCAAUCCUCUGGAUGGAAAUGAGGAUACUGAAUAUGAUAAUGAGAUCCCUGAUUUUGGGCAACCAGAUGCUGACUUGCUAGAAUUCAUGGAUGGCGUACCUCGGCACAGUGAUAUGAAUGAGGACAGUGGUCCUCAAUUUGGUAAUGUUGAACCAUUUGACGAUGAUCCAAAUCCUCAUGCAAGCCUGGAAGAUUUGUGUCGCUCUCACUUGGACACUCUCCUUGCUAGCAUAGCUGAAACCGAGAAACAGACUGAACUAGCUGCUCGUGUUUCAACAUGGAAACAGAAAAUUGAGUACAACCUGGAAGAGCAAGAAUCACACCCUGCUUUUGAUAUUCAUGACUACGGAGAAAGAAUUCUUGAUAGACUAUCCUUCGAACCAGACAAUGAGAAUGUCUUGUCGUUUGCUGAUGUUGUAAAGGGUCAGGAAAAGUAUGAUGUCGCUCGGAGUUUUUCUGCGCUCCUGCAACUGGUUAACAAUGGAGACGUUGAGUUGAAUAGGAGUGGGGUUGAUGGUGAGUCUGUUUGUUACGCAGCCGCAAAUCCCUUCCAUGUUCGGCUCCUUAGGCAUGACAAGAGAAGAGAGCAAACUGGAUUUCGGUUGUCCAGAAAGAGAGUUAAGUCUCCCUUGAGGAAAGCAUCUCAAAAUGUUGACAACAGCAACACAGGGACUGAGAAAUCUCCUUCAGUCAAGUCAUCUUCUAAGGCACAUAAAUCAACAGAGACAUCUCCUCAAAUAAACGGCAAGUUACCUGUGAAAGUUGGAAAUGUUGGUGGCAAACGGUGCACUCCUGAAGCAAAGCGGAGAAGAAAGUCACGAUUUGUUGAACCAGUUGACCUACAUUCCGCUGGGUGACACAAAAUGUCAUUGGCAAUUAACAGUGAAUGGACCCUAAACCCUAUCACAGAGGCCAUUCAACGCAUUGCUGGACGGUUGAAAUUAACUUAGAAUCGACCCUAAUAGAUGCACUUGUAGUGUACCAACAGUGAAUGGUAGCAACCUGUAAUAUCUAGUUAAUGUUAUUAUUCAGUGUACACAUUAGUAUUGAGACCCUCUAACACCAUGUAUCAUUAUCCAAAAGGAAGACUCGAUCUAGUUCCUUGAGUGGGAUGUGAUUUUUGUGCAUCCA